AUGGAAGUCCUGCAAAACUGUUUAUCGGUAUAUUAUGCACACCAUCAUACAUACACAACCGCUGUUAACUCACAAAAGGGAACUUUGAGAAAAAGAAAGAAAGAUAUUAGUUAUCGGACCAUCCAUAAUCGCGGAAAAAUUGUCAGUUAUCGUUGUAGAUCUUCGGCUUUCAAUGGUUCUGGAAUCACAUCAAAGGAUAGCGAAGAUGCUGUCCUUUAUGCAAUUAGUCAGGUGUUAACAAGAUCAACAGUUAUUUGUGCUAUUGCAUUGAUUAAACUCAACGAGGUGGUAACUAUUGUAUUCAAGUGA